AUGCUGGUGCUCGGCUCCCUUGCCGCGCUUCUGACGACGGCGUCGGCGUUCACCAAGUGCCACCAGCGCCACCCGAACCGAACCCAAGUCCUCUUGACGCCGCGCCCGCACGAGGUGCUCUCGGCGAACGCGCUGCCCGACCACUUUGACUGGCGCAAUGUCAAUGGCACCAACUUUGUCACGGUCUCGCGCAACCAGCACGUGCCGCACUACUGCGGGUCCUGCUGGGCCUUUGCGGCGACGUCGGCGCUGAGCGACCGCAUCCGCAUCGCGCGCGAGCUGCACCCGGACGACGGGAAAGACCGCGUGCUUGUGACGCGCCAAGUCAACUUGUCGCCGCAGGUGCUGCUCAACUGCGACAAGGAGGACGAGGGCUGCCACGGCGGCGAAGGCCUGAGCGCAUACCGCUACAUCCACGAGCACGGGAUCCCCGAAGAAGGCUGCCAGCGGUACCUGGCGACGGGCCACGACGUCGGCAACACGUGCACGGACAUUGACAUUUGUCGCAACUGCGUGCCGUCGAAAGGAUGCUUUCCGCAGACGUCGUACGACACGUACCACGUCUCCGAAUACGGCAAUGUCGACGGCGAAGCCAAGAUGAUGGCCGAGAUCUACGCCCGGGGGCCCAUCGUGUGCGGUGUCGCCGUCACCGACGAGUUUCUCAACUACAACGGUGGCGUCAUUGAUGACAAGACGGGCCGCACCGACAUUGACCAUGACAUUUCGAUCGUGGGCUGGGGCGUCGCGCGCGACGGCACCAAGUACUGGGUCGGCCGCAACAGCUGGGGCACGUACUGGGGCGAGGACGGCUGGUUCCGUCUCCGUCGCGGCAACAACAACCUCGGCGUCGAGACCGACUGCGCGUUUGGCGUCCCAUCGGACAACGGGUGGCCCAAGCGCCACACGACGACGACGUCGCCAAUCAAGGCGCCUGUCUGGUCGGGCGAGGUGCAGUCGCUCUCACGGCCUCGCCCCGUCGGCGGCAACCACCGGUCGCCCGUGCACUUUGUUGGUGGUGAAAAGGUGCUGUCGCCGCGCCCGAUCGACGAGGUCGACGUCGCCGCGCUCCCCAAGCAGUGGGAUUGGCGCAACAUUGCUGGCACCAACUUUGUGACGUGGGACAAGAACCAGCACAUUCCGCAGUACUGCGGGAGCUGCUGGGCCCAAGGCACGACCAGUGCCCUCUCGGACCGCAUCGCGAUCCUUCGCAACGCCUCGUGGCCUGAAGUCGCCUUGUCGCCGCAAGUGCUCGUCAACUGCCACGGCGGCGGCUCGUGCGAGGGCGGCAACCCUGGCGCCGUGUACGAGUACGCGCACAAGCACGGCAUUCCCGACCAGACGUGCCAGGCGUAUGUGGCCAAGGACGGCCAAUGCUCGGCCCUCGGCGUGUGCGAGACGUGCUGGCCCACCAACUCGUCGUUUUCACCUGGUGCGUGCGUGCCCGUGACCAAGUUCACGAGCUACUAUGUCGCCGAGUACGGCCAUGUGCGCGGCGCCAACCAAAUGAAGGCCGAGCUGUACAAGCGCGGGCCCAUUGGGUGUGGCAUGCACGUCACCGACAAGUUUGAACAGUACGAUGGCGGCAUCUACUCGGAGAAGCUGUGGUUUCCGAUCCCCAACCACGAAAUCUCGGUCGCUGGCUGGGGCUUUGACGAAGAGACGCAGACCGAGUACUGGAUUGGGCGCAACUCGUGGGGCACAUACUGGGGUGAGAACGGCUGGUUCCGCAUCAAGAUGCACGGCGACAACCUCGGCAUCGAAGGCGACUGCGACUGGGGCGUCCCGAUCCCCGAUGGUUCGAAACCCUAA